CUUAAUAAAUAGCCUAAAGGUGGAAAAGCGUAUUAAAAAUGGCAGCAAAAAGAAGGUUCCAGGUGCCGUGUUGCAGCCGCUGCCGGUAAGCGCCACUUGUGAAGCCAUCGUGACACACAAAAGGACUGCUCCAUUGAAAAGGCAAUUGACGAAAAAAAAUACGAAAAAAGCAAGAGGUAAACUGCCAUAGAUAGAAGGGAAACACUGGAACACGAGGAGGAGAUGCGACGCUGCCGACGGUGACAGUGGCGCCACACCUGGACACCAUCUAGACACCAUUCCUCAGCUAGAUGACGGGCAGCAGCAGGAGCAGUCAAAGGCACGGCUCGAGGACAAACCGAUCAACGUGUCAACGAGAACGUCAACGUCAACGCGUCGAGGAGGAUGCAAAUUGUCGCAAACAAGUGCCACAGCUACAGCGACGACACCAGCAGCAGCAGCCAGAGAGAGCGCCAACCCAUUGAGGAGACGGAGACCCAACGCAGGGGCGCCCACCCCCACCCGCAACAUGGCGGACGCGGAGGAUAGCAACAGUGGGGCGAGUGGGAAGGGGGGACAGGAGUCGAUGCGUCUCCUAACAAAAAUAGACAAGGCAGUCUCCACCAACGACAUCCUGCUGGACCUGCAGCGCGCCCUCACCUAUGAGGCGGUGUUCAGCACUUUGGUGGAGCACAAGAUGCAGGCCCUGAAGCGCGACUACGAGGAGCACAAGAGGGCCAAGCGGGCUAAGAAACGGAAGUCCAUUGGCCGCAUCUUUCUGCCCCGCAAGCUCUUCGGUGGCGGUCGCCGUGGCAGCCGGGAAGAGGACUCAGCCGCAGCGCCCGCGGAGGAGCCACAAACGCCAUCUGCCAAAACCAUAGCCAAGGCAAAAACAAAACCCAAGGGCAGGGGCAAGGCUCAGGAUGACAUCGAAGUGGCUUCGGGUUCGGUGGACGCCUCGCUGUGCUUCCACGGGAAGAGCGCAGAACCGCUGGAGGAUAGCCUGGCCAGCAACUCGCUGAGCAACUCGUCGGGCCCGGGGCCGGGCCGCCAAGCCAUACACAGCCACAGCCUCCUGGUCCACGCCCAGACCCAUACCCCGGCCAAGACGGACCUGCCACGACGAUCCGGCAGUUCAGAGGAGGAAAACGACGAGGAGGAUAGGGUACGCCCGGCCCCCCCGGCCAAACAUUCCACAACGACGACCAACGGCGAGUCGACCUCGACGACUGCCACAGCAACUGCCACGGUGAUAACUGCGGAGCGCGGUGGCGUCCUGCACAGCUCAACACUGGCGGACGACAGUCUGACCGCCUCGUUGCGCGGCAGCAUUGAGAGCCUCUCCUACUCCAGCUCCCGCUGCACCGUCAGCUUUGGGGGCGCGGAGAUCAUCGCCGUUGCCGGCCUCGAUGCGGACACACGGGAGCGGGUGCGACUGGCCAAGCGACUGCGCAUCCUGGAGGCCAAGUCGAUCAGUGCCCAGUGCAGUCCCAUCUUUCCGAGGCACGUGGUGCGCUCGUUCCCGCUACAAGCACCCCAGCAAGCGCGCCUGCACAUCAAUGUUCCCUCCAGUCUGGCCAAGCAGCCUUCGCCGCCACCUCCACCGCCGCAUGUGGCCGUGGAGAUUGAGACGCCUUCCGCAGCUGCUGCCGCUCCGACUCCUGUUUUGCUGCCACAACGCAAGCGACUGCUGCGCAAGCAAAUCUCCUGCACGGAUAGCGCCGGCAUGGGCGGUGGAGCCAGCGAAUUCGAGGGGGCGGCCUACUCGCGCUACUUUUCCCGCCAAAACACCUCGGAGGACAGCGCCAACGUGACCGUGAGCACGGUGCUGGCCCAGAGCGAUUCGCAGUCCCUGCACGCCACGCCCAGCUACGCGAACACGCCCACGUCUACGGCCGGAAGGGAACAGGAGCGCCUCAAGUCGCGCAGCACCGGACUGCUGGCCGUUCGCCCACCAGCCAUGGGGCUCGACACAGACGCAGUGAUCAUUCCCAUUGAGAACGAGGGGGAGAACAGAGGGGCCAAGGCAGGACCUGCACCGGCUCUGGCCCAGGAGAGGCUGAACCGGAUGACCUCCACCUCCACGGGCUCCAGUGUGGCACCCACGGGAUGCUGCAGUGCGGCCAAGACGGCGGCAUCGCGGGCAAAAGAGAAGCCCAGAGAAGGCCAGAGUCAGAACCACGGCUAUGGUCAAGGACAGGGACAGAGGCAGGGAUUCAAACCCACGCUGCCAUCCUCCGCUGCGACCGCGUCUGCGAUGGCGGCUCAGAGCACUGGCAGCGACGACGAAUACCGACGACGGAAGCGGAAGUACAAGCGCCAUCAUCGCUGCUCGGAUCCUGCACUGGUGUACCCCACGCCCAGUGGUCUCCAGCAAUAUGUGCACGUCCUCGGCCUCACCCCAGGCUCACAGGCCAUACAAUGCCCGUACGGUGAGGACUCGCCGUGCGACCUGCAGCUGGACAUGGAGUUGGAUCUGGACACAGAUGCUGAUAAAAUCGACGACCUUGAACAGAUGGUCCCCGGCGGUCAUCAGCGGCAUCGACGCAAGCAUCGGCAUCGCCACAAAAAGCGUCAUCGGCACAAAAAACCCAAAAUACUUGUACAGGACUUGGACACGGAGGUUAUUAAGGUGAUUGAUCCACACGAUUUGUCGAAGCGCGCACGAUGGACAAUCAUUGCCACCGCCUGUUUGCUUUUGCUCAUGUGCCUCAUGCUGAUUGGGGUCACGCUGCGCAUGGCGCCGAUCAUCGAUGAUAUGGUCCGUCAGGAGAACGAGCGGAACAUUCGGGAGAACAUGGAGCGCACGCGGAUGAUGAAGAACCGAACGGAGCUGAUGCUGCAGCGGCAACAGUUGAUGCACGUUCCAUAACAACCGAGCAGGAGCAACAGCAGCAGGAGCAGGCCACAAUAAGCAGGCGGAGGGAAGGAAGUGACACCCGCCGAGUGGGGCAGAUGCCACCGGAUGAGAUACCACAACAAGAUGGCUGUGUGUCAGAAGCGGCAACAAGAGUUGUGGCAGUCAAACAGGGGAAGUACUCUUUCCUUCCUUCCUCCAGAUACCCUGAUAUCUUCCCCCACCCCCCUACACACAAAUGUUAUGCGCACAAAGGUAAAAUAAUAAAACAAAAACAAAAAAAAAAAACAAAUCAAAGGAAUGGAGGAGCAGCACUCCGAAGUGCUCGAGAAAAACAAAAUGAAGGCAGAAACCCCCCCAAGGAGAAAUCACUUGUUUUGUAUCUAAAUGAGAGGUGAGAGGAGAGAGGAGAGAGCAGCAUCCGGUUAGAUGCCCACCAUUGUUAGACGAUCAGAGGAGUCGCGAAUUGAACUAAAGUAAACGUUAAACAUUAAACACUAAACACUAAACACUAAAGAUUAAACAUUAAACAUUACACAUUAAAGUAAAACCAAAAGUGAUCCAGUCUAGUGCUAAGUAAGAGUCAAUAGUCAAAAAACGUUGUUAGUAGAGUUGCUGCAAUGGCAUUGUAUGUACAAUAUAGUAAAUGUUCAGGUACAGUCCGAUCUGGUUUGCCCACGAAAGAUUAGUUUGUUCGAUUUGCUUUACCGAUGAUUUUCUUUUGAUGUAUUCCCAGAACGCACCGGAAAGGACUGUCUUGUUUGUAUCGUAAUUGUUGUGCUUGGGGCUUGAUCCCUCGAUGAGGUUGAGGAGCGACGCCACCACUUCCCUUAACAAGAAAAUUGAGCCAAGGUUUCGAUUGUUCAGUUCGGAUUAACAAAAUGGUUUCAAUUUUUUGUUUGCUCAAGUUUUCCCAUUUGGUUUUUCCUCCUCGAACGGGUGGCGUCGAUAGGAAAGUAAAGCUGGUCAAUAAACCUAUAGUUAUGUGUAUUUAAAACUAUGUUGUUAACUGAAACAAGUACUCCCAAGUAAAUGUUAAAGAAAGAAGAACACGACACGAAUCGAAACGAAACGAAAAGUUUUUGUAUUUAUAAGAAGAACAGGAAGAGGAACUAGGAAAAGGCAAAUGCAAAGGCAAAGGAAAAAUACAGUACGAGUAUUCCAGAGAUACAUUUCGAAUAAACACAAUUUGCAUAAUGAUAACAAUAAUUCUAAUACAAUGCAUAGCUGGAAAAUCCCAAGGGAGCGGAACAUUCAAUAGUUUCAUUCGCAUUUGGAGCGAAGAAUCGGGGAGAAUAAUUAUUGUUGUAUAGCAUAACUAAAUAACUAAAUAGCUAACUAAAUAGCAGACGAGUAAAUAAAUGUUAGUAAAUUAGCGGAUCGAUGUGAAACGGUUACUUAAGUGCAAAACGAGCUUGUUGUCGAAUUAAUUUUAAAUGGCAUUACAUUAAGUGAAACUAAGCUAAAAGGUUAAAUGUUUUUUUAGGUGUUCAAUGUUGAAAUUAAUUUGUGGCCCAAGGGGCAGACUCUCCAAUUCGCAUUGCCCCUGUCAGGUAUACAUACAUACAUACAAUAUAUGUACAUACGAGUAUAUAGUAGUAGGUACUAUAUAUUUUCAUAUUUCCUAUGCUAACUGAGUUGCAGGUUUGACGAAAAAUUUAGCUUGAAGCAAAUUUCUAUCGGUUUCAGCUUUGGACGGCUUGCAAGACCCCCUAGACCACCCCCCUACCCCCCGUCUACCAGUUCCCUUUGAGUGUUGCGCCAGGCGGCAAACAUUUUCCAAAGGUUUUGUGUCCGAAUCUGUUUCGGGCAGUCAAUUAAUUGGAUCUAAACAGAUGAAGAAAACGCAGACGGUCCGCGGGGCUUACCAUAUGUACAUACACAUACAUAUGCAUAUACGAGUAGAUACACACACACACGGACACACACAUUGGUGUUUCAGGGGGGAGAGGUGUUCAGCUAAGGAAAUGAAAAGCUUUAAAUUAGCUAAAUACAAUUUCAGAAAUAAACAUUGAAAACGCAUUAAACCGGUGUUGAGAGCAUUACCAGUGCGAUAGACACAAAAAACAACACACACACACACACAGACACACCGACCCAAGCACAGAUACAGAGAUAAACAGAUUUAUAAGAUUUGCAUUUUGAUCAAGGAAUCAAUUUCACAUUUUACCAGACAUCAAAUAAUGACAAGACACAACACACAAACACACACACACAGACACAUAAGAGAAAAAGUACGAUACUUAGUAAUGGCAUUUAGGGGGAUUCAGUCAGGGAAAUGGGAAAUGGAAAAUGGUAAAUGGCAAAUGGCAAAUGGCAGCUGGUUGUACGAGUAUGUAUUUACUAGGUUUGCAAAACUAAUUUAAACCGUGUGCUAAAGCAAACGCAUGAUGCAUGAUGCAUGAUCCAUGAUUCAGGAUUCAUGAAGCGAAGAGUCGCCAGAAAGGAAACCAAACAGUUAAUAGCUAAAAUAAAUUGUCUGUAAUUAUGCGUAGAGCUAUGUAAGUGUGUAAAUUGUAAGCUGAAUUAUUAUACAACAAUAAAUAAAACUAACUACAGCCGAGGCGAAUCCAGUGAGGGGUACUCGUACUGGUACUCGUACAUUCUGGAAAUACUCAUAACAAACGCAAACAGAAUAUUAAGUAUUACAACAAUCAAAAUUGUUUCCCGCAAAAUCAAACUUUUUAGCCUUUGAACGAGAGACUUUGGUGCCCAAAUCCAUUUUGAGCAAUUAUUUACAAUGAAAAUACGAACACAAAGAAAACACACACUCACACACACACCCACACGCAAACACACACAUACUCAAAUGUAAAUAGGAAAGCGGAAACGGAUGGGGAAAAAAACAAUAAAUGAAUACACCGCAUAAAUAAACAUUAAAUUAAUUAACAACUGAAAUAAACAAAAAAAAAACCGAAAAGAAACACAACACAUACGCGAAAAAAACUGAUAAAACUUCCAACUUGACGCAAAGGAAUCAACUUUAACUGUUAAUUGUUGCUCAAAAUAAACAUAAAAGUGAAAAUAAAUGAAAAGUAAAGCAAAUACAAUGCA